AUGGUCGGCAUGGGGAUGAUCUUCGACGAAACCUAUCGCCCCAUGUUCGAGGCCGCGCACGCCCGCGGGCUGUACGACCCGGCCUUUGGCGUGUGCGAUGUGGAACUGGCCGCCGUGGCCAGCCGCACCGGAACGCGAGCCGAAACCUACGCCAAGACGGCCGCCGGACGCGUGGGGCAGUUCCGCAGUGUGAAAGAGCCCAACGCCAUCGGGCAACUGCUCGAAUCCGAUGUCGAUUUCGUCUGCAUCGCCACGCCUGACGAUCGACAUUUCGAGUCUUGCAAGGCAGUGCUCUCCGCCGGUAAACACCUGUUGGUGGAAAAGCCUUCAGUGCUCUCGCUCGCGGAACUCGAUGAACUCCAGCGGCUGGCCGGGGAGCAGGGCGUACUGGCCAAGGUCGUCUAUCACAAACUGCUUGAUCCCGACCACAAGAAACUCCGCACCCUGGUCGUCGACGGAGAACUCGAACACGUUAACUCCGGGUAUUGCAGCCUGCUCGAACCGAAGAUGAUCUCCGGCAGCCAGUUCUCCGAAUGGAUCACCGGCCGCAAUCCCGGUACUUAUGUGGCCGUGCACUACAUCAAGCUCAUCGACUUCACCUUCGGCGGCCAGUUGAAAAGUGUUAGCUGCACCGGCCAACGAGGUCUGGUCGGCCCCAGCGAUGGCACAACGUGGGACUCGACCCAACUGCGGAUGGUCUACACCUACGGCGACGGACGCGAAGCCGCAUUCGAUAUCCACACAUCCUGGGUUACGCCCGACAACUUCCCGGGCUACGUCGAGCAGGAGGUGCAGUUCCGCUUCGACAACGGUCUCUGGAACGGGCACGCCCGCAAGCGAGGCGUCGAGGUCACCAUCGAAGGACGCACUCCGCUGGAGCGUAAGAACUCGAUGAACAACCACUACAACGGUCAGUUCGCCGAACCGUGGGGCUCGCGUUCGCAGCGUGGUUAUGGCAUCGAAGUCAUCGAGCGGUUCGUCCGCGAGGUGGCCACGGUCGAGUUCGGCGGCCCGAGCGAGCAGCGGGACGAGCGGCUUCGGCAGAUGGCCGACCUGGCGUACAAUGACAUCUCGGCCGAUCGACAGACGGUAGCCACCGUGCACGCCAUGGAAGCCAUCUUGGAGCGGCACGCGGCAGGUUCGCCCAACUGCGUGGUCGAUGUGAAUCACGAAGCGGGUGGGCUGGUGCUGUGGCGUCCCGGUGAAUUCAAACGGAUGAGCACGACCGAGAAAGAGAAGACGCAGGCAAUCGAACACCCUGGCGAGAGCCAGUCCAACGCCAUCCGCGCUCGCCUGGCGCAGGUCGAACCCGUUGCGCAGCGAACCUACACGCCCAGUCUGGCCGUGCUCGCAAAAAGUGCCGGGUCUUACCACUGGACGCCCGAGGGUCGCAAGCUGGCUGAUUUCACCUCCGGCGUGCUGGUCGCCAACUUGGGCCACAAUCCGGCCGAGUGGUGGCGACGCGCCUGGUCGUAUUUAGGAAUCGAUCCAAAGGCCAGCCAAGACAAAGCCGAAGGCGACUUUAUUACGGCCCUUCCGCUCACCGCCUACAACGCGGUUACCGAACUCGAGACGCAGGCCUGCGAACGCUUGUUGGCCAACCUACAGUCGCAGCCUGGCGGGGGUCGGUGCGAACAAGUGCUGUGGGCCGCCAGCGGUAGCGAAGCGAUUCAAAAAGCCCUCUGGGCCGCGCUCGAUCGACACGCAGGCGAUGACCCGAUUGUGUUGGCGACGCGGCGAGGGUUUCAUGGCAAGAAGGGCCUCGCCGGUGCGGUGACCGGCAGCGAGACCGAUUCCGACCGCGACUCUCGCGUACGGUUCAUCAGCUUUCCGACCGAAGAGUGCAUCAGCGUCGAGCGCCGGUCCGAACCGAUCGACCUCGCUCCCUACGAAGCCGAGUUGGAGUCGCUACUCAAAGAGUAUGGCUCGCGGCUGAGUGCCCUCAUCACCGAGCCGUAUCUGGGCGGUGGGGGAUCGUUUCAUCCGCAGCCUGAAUACUUGCAACUGCUCCAGCGGUUUUGCCGCGAGCAUGACCUGGUGUUCAUUCUCGAUGAAGUGCAGGCCAACUUCGGUCGCACCGGCUCGAUGUACGCCUUCACCCACUACGGCAUCGAGCCCGAUGUGGUGGUGCUCGGCAAGGGCCUCGGCAACGGGGUGCCCGUCAGUGCGGCGGUGGGGCCUGCGUCGCUGUUCGCCCACAUGCACUACGGGGAAGCCUCUGACACGUGGAGCGCCAACCCGUUGGCUUCGGCCGCCGUGCUGGCAACGCUCGACGCCUUCGAAUCCGAGGGAGUGCUCGAUCAGGCCGAGGGGCUGGCCAAGAUCAUCGAGCGAGGGCUAUUGAACCUCACCGAGUUGGACGUCGUGAGCCACGUUCGCGGUGAAGGAACCGUGUGGGGCGUCGAAUGUACCGGCGUCGGCUCCCACACCGCGGCCGAAGUGGCCAACGCCUGCGUCGAAGCCUGUUAUCUGGGCGACGGACAAGGCCACGCCAUCCACCUCCUCGGCCCCCUCGCCGGCUGUGUUCUUCGUGUGAGCCCACCGCUCACCAUGGCACACGACGAAGCGGAAGCGUAUCUCGCGGCGAUGUACGAGAUAUUCGCCCAAGUGGAGAAGCGGCUGAAGUAG